GAAGCGCCGGCCACUAUACUGAUAUUAUAUGGCGCGAGAGCUUUGCGAAUGCGCCUUUCUGUUCUAUGGCUGCUAUUGCUAGAACCAAUUAGAUGUCGCCUUCACCUCCUGUCAGUGUCGUGUCCACGACUUUCAGUCCUCUACGAGCGUACCUUUCGGCAGCGUUUAAUCCUUACCUGCAAAAGUACUCAGGAGUAGUCUUGUUCCAAUUCAACACAAUGCAGCCCGCACCACCUGGUCCUACUCACUAUAAUAUCGAGGAAGGCAAAGAAGAAGCCUGGGGUGCCAGGUCGCUCAGAGACAUCAAUUGUGCUCCUGAGGAAGUCCCUUGGGGACGCUUCCGCGAGAUUCACGGCCAGGAGGGUAGCGUAUGGCCUGAUGUCGUUCACGUUUUAGAGUACGGGGAUCAGCUUCGCCAACUCACUCAGCCUGGAACAAAUAUGUGGCGUAAUACUUGAAAAUACAGGAGAGCGGUCACAUAUCUGAACUCGAGGCAUCAAGCUAUUUUUGCCAUUUCUUUGGACAUCCAGACUUCAGCCAUCAAUUGCGCAGCAAGGCAAAUCCAAGGAUGGUGAUAUUGAUGACUGCAAACGAGAGGGUAAGAUGAAGGAAUUCUGGAGGAGGCUGCAUCAAAAAACUUCGAGAGAUAAUCUGAUCGACACUUUCAACACCUGGUCAGAGAGCUCUCAAGGUAAAUAGUCAGUAUCAUAAAUCAUCGGGG